AGAAGAGUCAGAGGAGGUCGCCUUGUGCCGAGAGGAGAACGUUUGACUUGCUGAUGAUAACAUGAGUCUCCUUGUGGUGAUGACCAUCGUCCUCUGCAUCGCCCAAAAACCACUGGCUCAACAGUCACCAGAGGAAAGGUACACUGUGACAUCAGAGGACUCAACGGGAGGUGAACAAGCCCACGGGUGGUCUCUGGGACAUGUCAGGACAAGCAGAGCGGUCCAGGGCGGAGGACUGUUCAUUGACACCUUGAAAGACAACAUGACGACAGUGGUGGAGGAUGCCGGCAAGUACUACACUUGGCAACGCUUCGGUCCCGAGGACCAGCGUACACGUGAACUAUGGGUGGACAUGAGUGACCUGGGGCACGGCCAGGUUCGAGUCCACGGCAUUCUGUCAAACGCCUACCAACAGGCUACGAAAUUUGCCUUGUCGUUUGACUUCCCCUUUUAUGGCCAUUUCCUGAGGCAGAUUACCAUAGCAACGGGAGGGUUCAUCUUCACUGGCGAGCUCACCCACCGCAUGCUGACGUCAACUCAGUACAUCGCUCCCCUGAUGGCUAAUUUUGAUCCCAGCCACUCCAAAGAGUCCACCGUGCAGUACCUGGAUAACGGCGAGGUGUUUGUGGUCCAGUGGGACCGGGUCAGACUGUCGGGCCAAGAGUCAGUGGGCGCCUUCACUUUCCAGGCAGCGCUUUACAAAACAGGAACCAUCACGUUCAGUUACAAAGACAUACCAGUGCCUCCUAAAGAGAUGGGCCCGGCUAAACACCCGGUGAAGGCGGGUCUCUCUGAUGCCUUUGUGGUCGUAUCGUCCUCCCAGUCAUCAGUUGUCCAGAAGCAGAGGGUGUACGAGUACCAUCGCAUCGAUAUAGACGCCGCCAAUAUCAGCAGUUUGUCAGCCGUCCAGUUCACUCCGCUGCCCACUUGCCUGCAACACGACAACUGCGAGCGCUGCGUCUCGUCCAAUCAAACGUCCGGCUGCAGCUGGUGUAACGUUCUCCAGAGGUGUUCGGAUGGCAUGGAUCGACACAGGCAGGAAUGGUUGGACUUUAGCUGCCUGGAAGAGAGCAUAGGGACAACCUGCGAUGAGUACAAUGGCGAUAACACUUCUGUCACAGCAGAAAACCAGGAUGUGACCUGGACUACGCCGCAAAACGGCUGCAAACGUGUCGAUGCAAAGCAGGAGUCCACCACAAGCAGUAGUGAUGGCUGGGCUAACGCAGGAGUCCUAGCAGGUGUUGCAUCUGCUCUGGUCUUACUCUUGGCUCUGAUGCUUGUGGCUCUUUACAUCCACUGCCACCCAACUGCCGCAUACUUCAUCCAGCGACACAGGAGCUACUGGCCCUCCUGGAAGUUUCAGAAGCAGCAGCCUGGCUACACUGAAGUGGAAGGAGACGGGCAGGAGAGGAGCAGCAUCGUCCAAGACGGACCUUAAAGGAGGCAAUUCUUUGACAUUCCAAAAACCUACUUUAAAAAGCAGCAAAUUGCAUAUUUUUAGUAGCCUUUAUAACCAAGCAACCAUUAAAAAACAAGGACAUUAAGUACACUGGCACUAAUCUAAUGAAAUCCAGAAAUCUAGUAAUGUCCAUUUUUGUCUCCUGGAAGCUGCUUCUAAUCGGGUAUAGACUUGUAUAAGGAUGGGUACCGUUCACAUUUAAAUUCAAACCACUACUCAAUUGGCUCUUUUGUUUGUAUUCAUUUUAUUUUUUUAUUAUGCUAAUUUUGAUCAUUGCAACUUUUAAAAAUGAGCUGAUGAUGACAAGUACUUGUUUUAAUACACAUUUCUGAGUCUUUGCAAGUAUGACAUUAAAGCUGGGGUACGUGAAUCUUGUCCCCAGGCAGAAGUCAAACUGUAAAUCCCGCCAUCCACUCGGUAGUCCCUCCCGGUCUCCUUCUCUCUGGAAGUGCACAAAAUUGCGCACAGGAGCUGCACGUGCACACGCAUAGGUUGUUGACAGUCUAAAGUUGCAUCUAAGGAUCAGUGACGUGCGGUCACUAGAGGCAAGUGAGGCGGGGCCUCACCUGCCAUCAUGGAAAGAAAAAAAAUGUAAAAAGAAAACAAAUUAAUUCAAUUCUUAUAUGUAUUCAGUGAGUAUACUAUAAAGUUAUUUUCCAUUUAACUUCA